GUUCAAAGUUUUCAGAGUUAAAAAAAAAAAAAACCUUAAACCUGUUUCAGUUAUUCUAAAAAAGCUUUAAGCUGACUCUGUUCUGUUCUGUUCUGUUCUUCAGUUAUUGUUUUCUUUUUUAUCGUUACAAAAAGGUUUGGGAGGAGAUUUCCGUUUCUUGCUUUGAUCGUUUCCGUUUUUCACCUGAAAUUUUGCUUUCUAGAAUUCCCCAAGAAUUCAAAGCUUAGGGGACAGGAAAAGAAAGAAAGGAAUAGGUCUAUCAGGGGUUGUCAGGUGCUCCCUCAUGGCUGUUCUGAUUCUUGAAUUGAUCAAACUUUUGGGAUUCUAGCGAGUCAAAAGGGAAUCAGUGUGUUCUUGGCUGCUCGAAUUGGAUUGGCGUAGGACGGGGAGACUUAUCACUGAGAGGUCUGGAGGUUUGGGGCUGUUAAAUCUGGUGUCUUGACUCCAGGAUUUGACAGCACCCUCGUGAUUUUUUUAGGUUAUAUCGAUAUUGCGUGUUUGAAAUCUCUAAACUCCAGACCCUGAAUGGAGCAAUUCAGGCAGAUUGGUGAGGUUUUGGGAAGUUUGAGAGCUCUCAUGGUUUUACAAGAUGAGGUCCAAAUCAAUAGACGCCAGUGCUGUUUGUUGUUUGAUAUCUUCUGUUUGGCUUUCAAUACGAUAGCCGAGGAGAUCAGGCUGAACCUGAAACUAGAAGAAAAGAACACGAAAUGGCAUGCCCUUGACCAUCCCUUGAGAGAGCUUCACAAGAUCUUUAAAGAAGGAGAACUCUAUGUUAAACAAUGUAUGGACAAGAAAGACUGGCGGGUGAAGGCAAUCUACCUCCACCAGAACAAGGAUUGCGUUGAUAAUCACAUUCACAAUUUGCUUUGCCACUUCCCGGUUGUCAUUGAGGCCAUCGAGACUGCAGGAGAGAUAGCAGGGCUUGACCAGGAUGAGAUGCAAAGGAGGAGAGUUGCACUUGCAAGGAAGUACGACAAGGAAUGGAAUGACCCAAAACUCUUUCAGUUUAGAUUCGGAAAGCAGUAUUUGGUCCCUCGAGAUAUUUGUAGCCGGUUUGAGAGUGCUUGGAGAGAAGACAGGUGGAAUCUUGUUGAAGCUCUCAAGGAAAAGAAAAUUUUGGAUACUGCAACCAAAAACGAGCAGCGGCUUGCUGGCUCGUUGAUCAAGAAAAUUAUUGGAUCAGAGGCUUAUAAGGGUAAACUUUUCCCGAGUUCAAUUUUGUAUGGAGGCGAUUACCUAGUUAGGCGACGAUUAGGGGCACAGUAUAAGGAAAUCCAAUGGUUGGGAGAUAGCUUUGUAUUGAGACACUUCUUUGGGGAGGUUGAGCCUUCAUGUUCUGAAAUCUCUACCCUACUUUCACUUUCUCAUCCUAACAUAUUGCAAUACCUUUGCGGGUUUUAUGAUGAGGAAAAGAAGGAGGUCAUGCUUGUUCUAGAGUUGAUGAACAAGGAUCUCAGUUGUUACAUGAAGGAGAAUUGUGGCUCGAGAAGGAGAAUCUUGUUCUCUUUUCCUGUUGUGGUUGAUCUUAUGCUUCAGAUUGCAAGAGGAAUGGAAUAUCUCCACUCACAGAAGAUCCGUCAUGGAGAGCUAAACCCUUCUAAUAUCUUUCUGAAAGCUAGGAACAACACAGAAGGUUUUUUCCAUUUAAAAAUCUCGGGCUAUGGUUUAUCCCCUGUCAAAACUCGUUCUUCUCCGAACUCAUCACCAAAGCCAAUUGAGCCAAACCCUUUUAUUUGGUACGCUCCGGAAGUUUUGCUAGAGCAAGAACAGCCAGGAAAUAUUACCAUUUCCAAGUACACAGAGAAAGCAGAUGUCUACAGCUUUGGGAUGCUUUGCUUUCAGCUCUUGACGGGGAAAGUUCCUUUCGAAGAUGGACAUCUCCAAGGAGAGAAGAUGAGUAGAAAUAUUAGAGCAGGGGAGAGGCCUCUCUUUCCAUACACAGCACCUAAAUACCUCGUCAACUUAACCAAAAGAUGCUGGCAUACUGAUCCAAAUCAGCGUCCAAGUUUCUCAUCCAUUUCUAGGAUCUUGCGCUACAUCAAGAAGUACCUUGUGAUGAAUCCUGACCGUGAUCAGCCUGAAAUGCAAUCCCCAGUUGCAGAUUACUGUGAGAUAGAGGCAUGGUUCCUGAAAAAGUUCACCGCAAAUGGGACUUUCAGUCCAUUAUCAGUAGCACAAAUCCCAUUUCAAAUGUUUGCUUAUAGGCUUGCUGAGAAAGAUAAAUCUAUUUUGAACACCCAGGAUAAGAAUGGGGAGUUAGCCAGCGAAGCAGCCUCAAUUUGCAGAGAUGAGAAUAAUUCUACAGUGGAGGAUCCCUUGAUAGCAGCAAGUGAAACAAAGUCUGUUUCUUCUGAUGUAAAAUCGGUUUGUUCAGAUAUCAAGUCAGUCUAUUCAGAUAUCAGGUCAGUCUGUUCUGAAAUUCCAGAAAGGAGAUCAAUCAAUUUCGAUACACCACAAAAGAGAUCGAUUUCCACCAAGAUUCCAGAGAAGAAAAAAAUGUUCCUGAUGAAGAAAAACACUAACGUGAAGGCGAAAAACUUUACAGGGACACCAAAUGCACAAUCUCCUCGACCACCAACUCUGAAUCGUGGUCACAGUGUAAGGAUAAACCGAGAAAGUCGCUCACCAUUAAUAACGAGUUCCGUGAGCAGAGGCCGGCAAAGAGCAGCAGCAGGUCAUACCUCGGAUUAGCACCCAUUAAUCACCAGAAUGAACGGGGUUGCUGUUGUUCCAUAGAACAUCUUGCCCAAGGUGUGAAUUUUCCAUGAUACAGAUAGAGGCUGCCUUGUGUUUUUUAUCCAUCGCAAUCAUUGCAGUUUUGAUAUAGAAGGUAGGAACAGUGUAGUUGAUCUUUUGCUGCGCAUUUCUGGUUCUUGUGUAAUAGCAUUCUAGCAUGUAAGUUACCCCAAACUAUAGCUGUAAUUUGUCAUCAAUAUCCCACUCUUUACUUGUUCUAUCAAAAGAAGUUCUUUCCUUUCUCUUUUA